CCAAGGCCGGCAGCUCCAGAUGCCUAAAGUCUAAAACUUUCUUCCUCUUAGAACAUGACAUUGUUACACAUUCUAUUAAAGUUUUGAUGUCCACAUCUAAACCUAUUAAAGCACCCGUGUUCAGACUUUCGCGUGUCAAAGAGGCCAUACAACAAAACAAAGAAGACAAAGACAUUUUCAUUAAGGACGGGAACCCUUCAACAGCUCAAAUUCCCUACUCCAUUCAAUUUUACUAUUGUGGCUGCUAACAAACCCCACCAGGAGUCGGCUAUCGUAGUUUGUCAUUUGACAAGAUCAUGUGUAUAGAGAAGCUAACAUUACCACUGAGAAACAAAUUUAGGCUAUAGCAGUCAGGAUAAUGUCAAAUAGGAAUGGAGUUCUCAAGUUCGGCAGAAUAGUAGCUGGUGAGGAUAUCAGAAAAUUCUUCCUCCUUUUGGAAAGAGAACAUGAAUUGCCUAGAAGUUGAGAAGGAAGGACUUCUUAAGUUCAAACAAGGCCUCACAGAUCCUUCAGGUCGGCUGUCAUCUUGGGUCGGAGAAGAUUGUUGUAAAUGGAGAGGAGUUAGCUGCUAUAACAGGACUGGACGCGUCAUCAAGCUCAAACUUGGCAACCCAUUCCCAAACAGUUUGGAGGGCGAUAGAACAGCUAGUGAGUUGGGCGGUGAGAUCAAUCCUUCUUUGCUCAGCUUGAAAUAUCUGAAUUAUCUAGACCUCAGCAAGAAUAAUUUUGAAGGAAUGGAAAUUCCAAAAUUCAUUGGAUCGCUUAGGAAGUUGAGAUAUCUCAAUCUCUCUGGAGCAUCCUUUGGUGGUAUCAUCCCUCCAAAUAUUGCAAACCUCUCAAACUUGCGCUACCUUGAUCUCAACACAUACUCUAUCGAACCAAACAAGAAUGGCCUGGAAUGGCUGUCAGGCCUUUCUUCUUUGAAGUACCUUAACUUGGGAGGUAUUGAUCUCAGCAAGGCUGCAGCCUACUGGCUCCAGACCGUUAAUACUUUACCGUCUCUUUUGGAGUUGCACAUGCCCAACUGUCAACUUUCCAACCUUUCUCUUUCUCUUCCAUUUCUCAAUUUUACCUCUCUUUCCAUUCUUGAUCUCUCAAACAAUGGGUUUGACUCCACCAUUCCUCACUGGUUAUUUAAUCUCAGUAGCCUUGUGUACCUUGAUCUCAACUCCAACAACCUCCAAGGUGGACUACCAGAUGCAUUCCAGAACUUCACUUCUCUCCAGCUACUUGAUUUGUCCAAGAAUUCCAACAUUGAAGGUGAGUUACCGAGAACACUGGGAAAUUUGUGCUAUUUGCGGACAUUGAUUCUUUCUGUUAACAAACUUUCUGGUGAGAUAGCUGAGUUCCUCGAUGGCUUAUCUGCAUGCUCUUACAGCACCUUAGAGAAUCUGGAUUUGGGAUUCAAUAAACUGACUGGAAACCUGCCAGAUUCGUUGGGGCAUCUUAAGAAUUUAAGAUAUCUUCAAUUAUGGUCUAAUUCAUUUCGCGGUUCAAUUCCAGAAUCAAUUGGGAGCUUAUCCUCUUUACAGGAAUUGUACCUCUCGCAGAAUCAAAUGGGUGGGAUCAUCCCAGACAGCCUUGGACAACUCUCAUCACUGGUCGUGCUAGAGCUCAAUGAGAACUCAUGGGAAGGUGUCAUAACAGAAGCUCAUUUUGCCAACCUCUCAAGCUUAAAGCAGUUGUCUAUUACUAAAAGUUCUCCAAAUGUUUCUUUGGUUUUCAACAUCUCCUCUGACUGGGCUCCUCCUUUCAAACUCACAUACAUCAACCUUAGAUCUUGCCAAUUGGGUCCCAAAUUUCCUACCUGGCUCAGAACUCAAAAUGAGUUGACCACCAUAGUGCUGAAUAAUGCAGGAAUUUCAGGUACUAUACCAGAUUGGUUAUGGAAAUUAGAUUUGCAGCUCAGUGAACUAGACAUUGCUUAUAAUCAGUUAAGUGGCAGAGUUCCAAACUCAUUAGUGUUCAGCUACCUAGCCAAUGUUGAUUUGAGUUCAAACCUCUUUGAUGGUCCUCUCCCACUCUGGUCGUCUAAUGUAAGUACACUGUAUCUGAGGGGAAAUCUAUUUUCUGGACCAAUUCCUCAGAACAUCGGUCAAGUAAUGCCCAUUUUGACAGAUUUAGAUAUCUCUUGGAACUCUCUGAAUGGCAGCAUUCCCUUGUCUAUGGGUGAUCUACAGGCUUUGAUCACCUUGGUUAUCUCCAAUAAUAAUUUAUCUGGAGAAAUUCCUCAGUUCUGGAACAAGAUGCCUUCCCUGUAUAUUGUAGAUAUGUCAAACAACAGCCUCUCAGGUACAAUACCAAGAUCACUGGGUUCCCUCACGGCACUCAGAUUCUUGGUGCUAUCCAACAACAAUCUCUCUGGUGAACUUCCUUCCCAGCUGCAAAACUGCAGUGUCUUGGAAAGCCUUGAUCUUGGUGAUAACAAAUUUUCUGGAAACAUUCCAUCCUGGAUAGGAGAAAGCAUGCCAUCCCUGUUGAUCUUAGCCUUGCAGUCCAACUUCUUCAGCGGUAAUAUUCCUUCAGAAAUCUGUGCCCUUUCCGCGCUUCACAUACUGGACCUCUCACACAACCAUGUGUCAGGAUUCAUUCCUCCCUGUUUUGGGAACUUGAGUGGCUUCAAAUCUGAACUUUCUGAUGAUGAUCUAGAACGGUAUGAGGGACGCUUGAAACUUGUUGCAAAAGGAAGAGCACUGGAAUACUAUAGCACUCUCUACCUUGUGAAUAGUCUGGAUCUGUCCAAUAAUAGCUUAUCAGGAGAGAUUCCAAUAGAACUAACAAGCCUUCUGAAACUGGGAACCUUGAAUUUGUCCAGCAAUAAUUUGGGGGGAAAUAUACCAGAAAAGAUUGGAAACUUGCAGUGGUUGGAGACUCUCGACCUAUCAAAAAACAAACUUUCUGGUCCAAUUCCAAUGAGCAUGGCUUCCAUAACCUUUUUGGUUCACCUGAAUCUGGCACACAAUAACUUGUCAGGGAAAAUCCCAACAGGCAACCAGUUUCAAACCUUGAUUGAUCCGUCUAUUUACCAGGGCAACCUCGCACUUUGUGGAUUUCCUCUAACGACAGAGUGCCAUGAUAACAAUGGAACAAUUCCAACUGGGAAAGGAGAAGACAAUGAUGAUGAAGAUGGAGAUGACUCUGAAUUGCCAUGGUUCUUUGUUAGCAUGGGACUGGGAUUCAUCAUAGGAUUCUGGGGAGUUUGUGGCACUUUGAUAAUCAAGACAUCAUGGCGGUAUGCUUAUUUUCGUUUUGUCGAGAAAAUGAAAGAUAGGCUCCUUCUGGCUGUGGCACUGAAUGUUGCCCGUCUGACAAGAAAGGUGUAGGUGUUUGAAAAAAACUGCAGCUGAAGAAAAUCGGGGAACAUGCUUUAAGAUGAAAAGAUACUUGUUGAAAACAUCAUUUCUCAUCAAUUGUAAACCUGCCAUUUACACAAACAAAUUUAUGUUUGGGAAUUA